AUGAAGCGAAAAUUGAACGAACACGACGUUCCGGAGCCGACAAACGAAGGUGAUUCGAGCAAAGCGGCCCAAGCGAAAUCGACAUUUGCCAGCCUCGGACUCGACUCUCGAUUACUGCAGGCCGUGAACCGCGAAAAGUUUCCCGCACCGACGCCUGUUCAGGCCAAAGCAAUCCCACUUGCGCUCGAGGGGAAGGAUGUUCUUGCAAGAGCAAAGACUGGAUCCGGGAAGACGUUGGCGUACCUCCUACCAACGAUACAUUCCAUCCUCCAGCGCAAAUCCUCCAAUAAACGAGUCAAGACGACGAGUACGCUCAUUUUGGUCCCGACGAAAGAGCUUGCGACUCAGGUGACGGCAGCGGUCAAGAGCUUUACAUCAUUUUGUGCACAGGAAGUGCGAUGCGAGAACAUCACUCGCAAGGAAGACGCUGCUGUCACAAAGGCCCGCUUGACUGAUAGCCCUGACAUUGUGAUCGCUACACCUGGGCGGGCUGUACAGUGGGGCAACAGUGAGGCUCUCAAGAUCGACGAGCUCAAGCAUCUGGUUAUUGACGAGGCAGACCUGGUGCUGAGCUACGGAUAUGAGGAGGAUCUGCAGAGCAUUGCCAAUUCGCUCCCAACUGGCGUGCAGAAGCUGAUGAUGUCUGCUACCUUGAGAACGGAGUUGGACACUCUAUCUGCUCUGUUCUUCUCAUCCACAGCAGCAGUUGCACCUACGAUACUGGAUCUGUCUGCAGAGGAAGCUGCAGAAAAGUCUACCCUGGCCCAGUACACCGUGCGCACAGCUGAGGAUGAGAAGUUUCUGCUGAUAUACGCUAUUUUCAAGCUCCAGCUCAUCAAAGGCAAGGUCAUCGUCUUCGUGGCGGACAUCGAUAGAUGCUAUCGAGUCAAACUCUUCCUCGAGCAAUUUGGCAUCCGAAGCUGCGUGCUAAACUCUGAGCUGCCAGUAAACAGCAGGCUACACGUGGUGGAAGAGUUUAAUCGUGGGGUGUACGACAUUAUCAUUGCGGCCGACGAAGGGGAGGUGAUCGGCAAUGAAGGUGGAAAGAGGAAGAAGAGAAGGGCGGAGCAAGAGGACAACGUAGAAGAGGAGGGUGAGGAUGAGGAACAGACAGGUGAUACUGUCCUGGCAGAAGCACGCGAUGAGAAUGAAGAAGGAGACGAGAAGCCCGCGGCACCACGAGCUGCCAAGAGGCAGCGCAGAUCACGCUCGGACAAGGAAUAUGGUGUCUCUCGAGGAAUCGACUUCCGUCAUGUCACCUGUGUUCUAAACUUCGACCUACCGACGACGUCGAAGUCAUACACACAUCGAAUCGGACGAACUGCCCGCGCAGGGCAAUCAGGCAUGGCACUCUCGUUCUACGUACCGAAGGAGCUCUAUCGAAAGCACAAGCCAACCAGCAUACCGCAGUGCGAGGAUGACGAGAUAGUACUCAGCAAGAUCACGAAGAAACAAACUGAGAAAGGCACCGAGAUCAAGGAAUGGGCUCUAGACUGGAGCAAGCUAGAAGGCUUCAGGUAUCGUCUUGCCGACGCUUUGCGAGCUGUGACCCGCAUUGCGGUGCGAGAGGCUCGGACCAAAGAGUUGCGCAACGAGUUGAUCAAGUCAGAAAAGCUCAAGCGACAUUUCGAGGAGAAUCCCGAAGACCUGCGACACUUACGCCACGAUAACGAAUCGCACGCUGUCCGACAGCAGGCACAUUUGCGACACGUGCCAGACUACCUGCUGCCAACUGGUGGCAAGGCCGCCGUGAGCAAAGACGUUGGGUUUGUGGGGCUAAAGCGUGAUAGAGAGAAUCGCAUCCGCAAGGCGAGGGCAUUCAACAAGAGUAGAGGCAAAGGAAGACUGUCGAAGGGCCGAGGAUUGGACCCGCUAAAGAGCCUGAAUGCGAAGGGGAGGGCCAAGAAAUAG